UCCGUAGUAUGGCUGCCGAUAGUCUUAUUGGCAAAACAUUUAUUAACCUAGAACUAUUUCUACACAAGGUUGCACAGCUUGGUGUAUUUGAAGCGCUCAUUUUUAAUUACAAACUGAAAGUCGGCGUUUUGGAACCUGCUAGUAAUCUUUUUAAGCCUAUUGUCAACGAGCUUAUAAACGAAUUGCAGUUGGUGAUUCAGGAGCAGGCCCUUGGACCAUACAGUCAACCUGCAGUAACAUCGCCUCAAAAUUUAAAUGGUGUUAGGAUUGAAACGUGUAGCAGCAAUGAAGAAGGGAAGACUGAUACCACUAGAACCAACGAGUCCGUCGUCUUAUCAUUUUGUGAAAUUGAUUACUCAACAAAAGACAUUCAGAACCUAACAUCUCUUCAUAAUGUGAACGAAGCAGAUUCAACAAACCAUGAAACACCCUCUAACUUUCAGGACGGGGAUGGGACUGGGAAUGAGGGUGUAGUGGCAGAGAAUAUCGACAGCCCAAAAGAGAAUGUCAAAGCCUGUAAAACAUUACGCCGAAAGCAAAAAGAUGAGCCCUGCUGCAAAACAGAAAAUGACGUUAUAGGGAAAAGCUCUCAUAUGCAAGACACCGGCAACAAUGAUUCUAGAAGCAGAUUUUUCAUGUGUCCAGUAUGCAACAGGAAAUUUCUCAAGGAAAGUCGAUUGGCAGCACAUUUAUCGAAGUGUGGCAAGGCAAAGGGCAAGGCAGAAACGAGGUUUUGUGAAUAUUGUGACAUGGGAUUUUCUUCACAACGUGUGUUAAAUUUACAUAUUGAAAGGAUUCAUAAACUGCCUUUGGCAUCAACUGAAUCUGCUUCUACCGCUGGAGAUACAAUAUCUCUUAAGGAUGAUUUUCCAGAUGAUUUACCAUUCUUCUGCUGUGUUGUGUGUCAGUCUGCUUACAAGUCUGUAUCUGAUUUUGUGACCCACGCAUGCAAGGACGCCAGUCUCAAACUAGGACGAGAGGCAGUAGCAAGUGCUGAACACCUGAGACAGCUUCGUAAAUUUCUUUGUGGCCUUUGCCGAGAAGAAUUCAGAAGUUUGGCUCGAACAUUGUACCAUCUGGCACGCUGUUCUGGUGGCCCAUAUCGCUGUGAGCUCUGCCCAAACAAGUAUGAUUAUCCACGUGAACUCAACCAACAUAAAAGCAAGGCACACAGGGGUGCAAAUAGCUUUUUCUGUGAUGAGUGUGGUUUAAAUUUUAAGCUCAGAACAUCCUUGCAGAAACAUAAAGUAAAUCGUCAUGAGAGGCACGAGAGCCUUUUCACAUGCGAUGAAUGCUCGAAAACAUUUACGAAGAGAAUACAUCUAACUAGGCACAAAAUAUGUUUUCAUCGGUUUGAAAGGAAAUUCUUAUGCCAGGUGUGUGGCAAAAAAUUCUCAACCCACAGCAGUUUAAGUGCUCACUUGGACACACAUACAGAACUCAAGAGAUUUUCAUGUACCUUCUGCAGUCGCAAAUUCCGACAGAAAGAAAAACUGAAGUUCCACAUCAGAAUACAUACAGGAGAACGCCCUCACCUGUGCCAGACAUGUGGCAAAGGAUUCAUAAGAAAAUCAAAAUUGGAUGAUCACAUUCGGCGGCAUUUGGGAGAGAAACGAUACAGUUGUGAUCUUUGUCCCAAGUGCUAUGCCAGUAGUUGGGACCUUAAGUUGCAUCGGAAGAAAUGUCAUCCAGAGGUUGAGUCUUCAAAUCCCCCUAUUGAAGCUUCAGCAUCUACUGAAGCUCCUUCAGAACUGACACCAGUUGCUGACAUUGAUGAUCCAGAUGAGCCAUCACCAUUACCUGUUCCACUCUCUGUUGAAACUGUUGUACCACAGCAGCAAUCAGCAUCUAGUACACCUCCUGUGCUAGUACAGCUUGAUGGAGGACAUGCAGGCAUGUUGACAUUAACUGAUGCUGUACAGUUAGGCCCAUUGAUGGCAGCUGAUGGGACCACAGCAACUGGAGGACCAACUCUUGGAACAACUGCCCAGUUUGUGCAACCACCUCCUACAGAGGCCUUUGGACUUCAACCUGGACUGGUCUUUGUUCCAGCAACUUUUGAUGUUAGCAGUAUCACUUAUUGAUAACUUAUAAUAAGAAAUCUAGUUUUAUUGUGCACUGCUCCCAAUUGUAAGGCUUGUGAUUAGUAUAACAUUGACAGUGUUUGUAAUUCCUCAUAUAAGUGAUAACAUUUGAGUUGUCUGUAUAAUGUAGUGAUUGUGACUGUAGCAUUCCAUAUCAUCUCUGCUAAACAAAUAAUGAGUCAUAAAAUGAAAUAUUCAUUACUCAGCUGACACUAAA